CAACGGCUUUUUUAAGUCAUGUUAAUCUAAGUCACCCCCGGCCACUGUCGUGGAAUUUUAGAUUACUAUUAGCCUUUAUGCAAUUCUUAUGCCCCCGAUUUCCGGUGAAAGAUCAAACCUGUCAGACAUGGAGCUUCUCAGACACAGCAACCGCCGGGUGACAAGUGGCGGGGAUUGGAUGUCCAAGAUCUCCCGAGCAGCAGCCGCAGCCACUUCAAGUUCAAUUGUUGGAACAGCAGGGCGAAGAUGUCCUUUUCGUCCACGAGCUGUUGCUAGUCAGCCUAUCUAUACUACGGCACAAUCUGUGUCCUUUCCGCACAAGGGAUAUCAUUCUUCAUCAUCCCCCCGCAGCAGCCCAGUUUGCCAACGACCGGGGUUAAAUCGUGGCCAUGCAUGCCAGAUUCGCUGCGCUUCGACUGAAUAUGCAGUGGGCACGCAGCAAUGUCAUGCUCCGUAUAGCACUCAAGCAACUCGAAGCCAGGAACCGAUUAUUCACGACAUGUUCGAACACAACACAGGAACAUGGCAGUACGUGGUUGCGGAUCCAUCUACUUUGACUGCUGUUAUCAUCGACCCAGUUCUCGACUAUGACCCAGCUACUCAGAGUAUCACCACGUCUAGCGCCGAUUCAAUACUGUCCCUGGUUCGCGAAAAGGGAUACAAAGUGGACAGAAUCCUCGAAACACAUGUCCAUGCAGAUCACAUCACGGCAGCCUCUUAUCUCCAGAGCCGUCUUUCCCAGGAGCAAGGCCAUCGUCCCCCGAUCGGAAUCGGGAAGCGCAUCGAACAGGUGCAGAGGCUCUUUGGCGAGAGAUACGGGGUUCCCGCAGAGGAUUACCACCGUGUCUUUGGGAAGCUCUUCGACGAUAAUGAAGUGUUUGCGAUCGGGGAGAUCAGCGCCAUGGCAAUGCACCUCCCCGGCCACACGCCUGAUCAUUUGGGCUACAAGAUAGGAGACAACGUCUUCUGUGGAGAUUCUCUGUUCCACGUGGAUAUAGGCAGCGCCCGUUGCGAUUUCCCCGGUGGCAGCGCAGAUAAUCUCUAUGAAUCAGGGCGGAAAUUACUGGGGUUACCCGCCACGGUCAAAAUUUGGACAGGCCAUGACUAUCCCCCAGAGGAACGUGGGAGUCCUGUGCCUUGCUUGAGUGUCAAGGACCAUAGGGAGCAAAACCAGCAUUUGCGGGUCGGGAUUACGAAGCAAGACUUUGUAGCCCGACGAAAGGAGCGAGACUCCAAACUUGCAGCGCCUAGACUCCUACACCAGUCCCUCCAGAUGAAUAUUCGUGCAGGGCAACUUCCACGGGCCACUCAAUCGGGACAUCGAAUGCUUCAUCUGCCACUGAAAUUGCAUGGCAUCGAAUGGUAGGCGGUAGAAUGCGGGUCUUGAUAUUAAUAUCGUUAGUAGAUAUGUAUAGUAUAAUUUGAAUCUAAAUAAUAAUUCUUUUCCC